AUGUCGACGCGACUGGAAGCAGAGCGCAAGGGCAGCCCGUCCCUGUCUGCGCGUGAGCUGGCGUACGUGCUGCACAAGAGCAAGGCGCUGGUCGAGAAGAGCGAGCGCCUGGAGCAGCUGCUGGUGCGCGACCCGGUGUUCCACCACGAGACGAUGAACUACCAGACGCGCGCCGAGCAGUACAAACGGGCGCUGCAGAUGGCCGCCCGCGUCGAGAUCAUUGCACGCCGAAACCGCCUGAGCGAAGCGGAUACGGAGCACCUGCGGACUAUUUUCCAGAGCAUCACGAGCUGCUCGGCGGCCACGCUACUGCACACGCUCAUGUUUGUCAAGAACUUGGGACUGCUGUUCACGGACGAGCAGCAGACGCAGUGGAUGGACAUGGCCAAGCAGUGGCGGAUGAUUGGGUGCUACGCACAGACCGAGUUGGGUCACGGAUCCAAUGUGCGCGGACUGGAGACUACGGCCACGUACAUUCGUGCCACGGACGAGUUUGAGAUCCACUCGCCUACGCUGACGUCCAUGAAGUGGUGGCCCGGUGCGUUGGCCCGGACGGCCAACUUUGGUGUCGUGUACGCGAGACUGCUGCUGUGUGGGAAGGACUAUGGCGUUCACAGCUUUAUGGUGCAACUGCGUGACUUGGAGACGCACGACGCGAUGCCGGGUGUGACGCUCGGCGACGUUGGCCCAAAGAUUGGAUUCAAUAACGUGGACAACGGGUAUUGCAGCUUCCAUCGAGUUCGUCUACCACGACAGAACAUGGCAAUGAGGUUUGCUGCAGUGACGCGGGAGGGCAAGUACGUGAAGAACUCGAAUGUUUCCGAGCAAGUGCUAUACUUUACCAUGCUGCAGACCCGAAUCGCGUUUAUUCGGUCAGUAGGGAUCGGCCUAGCAAAAACGUGCACCAUCGCUAUCCGCUACUCGGCUGUUCGUCAGCAAGGAUACGACGCCAACAAUCCGUCUUCCAAGGAGGAGUUGAGCGUACUGGACUACCAGACGCAGCAAUACCGUUUGUUCCCGCUUCUCGCUACAGCAUACGCGAUACUGCUGACAGGAAACCGCAUGGAUCAGUUUUCUGCUGCUCUGUUGGAGCAAAUAAAGUGUGGGAAUAUCAACUUGCUUACUGUCGGACACGUGAUGAGUUGCGGACUCAAGGUCCGAGCCACAGAUCUCGCCACUGCCGGUAUCGAGACUGCGCGUCGGGCUUGUGGCGGUCACGGUUUCCUUCUAUCGAGCGGCAUACCGACCGUAUCGGGAGAUAUCUUGCAGACUGUCACGACGGAAGGUGACAAUCUGGUACUUUCUAUACAGACUGCCCGCGCUCUGCUGAAAAUCCUGGCAUUGUACAAGAAAACUGGAGUAGUGCCGGAACCGAUGGCAUUUCUGUCAAACAUCGACAAGCCUCAGUAUGCUACACAUCGCACCAUGCAGCAGUGGCUCGAACCUCACAAUUACGUUGCAGCCUUCGAGCAGCGCUUUCUGUUUCAGCUCCGGCUUUACGCGGAGAAGAUCUCGACGGAGUCUUCGGUCGCCGCCGGUUUGCAGAACAACUCGCUGGACACUUUGAAGCUUACGGACUCCUAUGGCAGUCUGGUGGUCGUGAAGGCAUUUGCUGAAGCUCUCGAAGCUCCAUCCAUCGUCUCGUCAGAAUCCACCCCUCCGCCUGCGGUCUUGAACAUCCUGCGCCUGCUGUGCCAUCUGUUCGCACUUACGCAGUUGGAAGCUUCUGCUGGCGAGUUCAUGGAGAGCGGGUGUGUAUCCCCCAGUGAGAUGCCGAGUAUCCGUGCAAACAUCGAGAAGCUGCUCGCGUUGAUCCGUCCGCACGCCGUGACUCUUGCGGACGGCUUUAACUUUUCGGACCACACGCUGAACUCAACACUGGGUCGCUAUGACGGCAACGUGUACGAGGCUCUGUUCGCGUCUGCACAGCACGACCCCCUCAACCACUCGUCGGACAAGGUCGUAUUGUACGAGUUCUUGCGUCCCAUCCGCGACGAGAUGUUACAGUCGCGCCUCUAG